CCACGGAGAGGCCGUGUAGAAUGACUACUUCUCGGAUCGACUGCUCGGAACUCUGAUUAUCGAUGAAAAGAUUUCCAACUAAAUACCUCGUUCGCGAUCUUGGAUAUCGAGGGUGGCACUCGUACAACGCGUGUUGCCGGGAUUAAUCGAACGUUUCAGUGGAGUUUGCAAAAGGAACGAGGUGGAUAUCGGUCGAUAGAAGACACUCGACUGUGCGAGUCGUUCGCCGGACCGUUAACCGAACGGGAAGUGCAGCCGUUUAAUUCGCUUGUAUUCGCCGGCUUAAUCGGCCGGUGAAAUGACGGUCGUAAGACACCACCGCCGGAACUAGUGACGCGCGAGUGAACCGAGUGCGAUCAGGAACUGCGGCCAACUGUGACGAGAAACUGUGACAAAUGGUUCAGCCCGUACGCACGGAGAACAACAACUCCGCCUUGGACAUGGAGUCGCUCGAGGAGAUGCUUCGCAAGAAGCUCUCGGAGCUCGAGCAACGGGUGCAAGAGGCGGAAGGCCGAGCCGACGAGGCGGAGGACAAGGUACGGAUGAUGGAGGAGCGGUUAGUGAAGGGUGAAUACUGCUUGAGCACAUCCGGUGUUGGUUCUCCACCCCAUUCGCUGCCGUCGACCUCCGGUACGCAGAAUGACAAGAUCGAGGAUGUCCACUGUGCUUGCAUUUCGAAGCUAGAAACUCAGGUCGAGGAACAGAGACAGCUGCGGCUUCAGGACGCGAGGCAGGUCGAAGCGAAAGCCGCGAGAAUCAAGGAAUGGGUGACAAAUAAGUUGAGGGAACUGGAGCAACAGAAUCAGCAUCUAAGGGAACAGAAUAAUAAGUGUAAUCAACAGUUGGAACUGUUGAGAAAUCACAUAACCAAUAUCGGCCUGAAACCACCUGCACCUGCAAGAGCAUCCUUAUCUCUGGAAGUGGACCCCACGUUACGCAGACGAUCGGAAAGCCUGGAGGGGACGCCGCAAGCAGUACCGGAAAGCGUGCAGAGCGCCGUAGCGGAACCGCAAGCUGGUACCAAGCACCGAAGACACCUGUCCGCCUGUGGGACUAUACAACGAGGGAUCACGACCACCAACAUGGACUCGAGCUUGCUAUCGGAGGAGCUCGCCGCGGCGGUGGAGAAUUUGGUCAUGUUGCCGAAUAUACCCGGUGUCUCGGAGACGAGCAGAGACAGCGGCAGCUCGGAGGCUAUUCACGAUUACGCGGAGAUCUAUACACCGAGCAGAGAAGGAAUGAACUGGACUCAAAGUACGCAAGGCCCUCGACCACCCACUCCGCCUCUGCACCGAUUUCCCAGUUGGGAGGCAAAGAUAUAUCAGGUAGCGGAUGGCGGGCUUGGCAUCGGUCCACCGACGAACGAGGAAUCCGCGCCCUCCACGAUGACCAACACAACCAGCUCGUCGAAACAUUCCCAAGCGACAGGACACAACUUGACUGCGCACAACUCCCAAGGCUAUUGCGAUAUUUCAGUUCCGGUCUAUGCAACGGUCAAGGGGCGAGCCAGUCAGAUUAGGUCAAUGCCGUUUGGUGACAGUUCCGACGAUAGUUCGGACGGCGAGGAGCACCCCAAUCAAACGGAAACUAACACGAGAAUCACCAACAGCUCUUCGGACAACACGGAUUCUUCGCUCGGUAGCGGAAGUAGUCCAUCGAAGAGCGUUAAAACCACCAGCAGUCUCAGUCCCGCGAAGAGAAGCUCUAGCGGCUCACCUAGCAAAAGCGUGAAACGUGAUACCUCUCUGGAAUCUGGUCUGUCGGAGGACUAUGCGAUACCUCCCGAUGCUCUGAGCUCCACGUCCUUCGAAUCUAGUAUGCCUAGUUUGUUAAUGCGGGUUUCUGGUGAAAGUCCCAAGCGGCAAGAGUCUUUGGAAAAGACCGGCCACCUUGCGAAACUCGGUGGUAAAUUGAAAACCUGGAGAAAGAGGUGGUUCGUUUUGAAAAACGGAGUGCUCACCUAUUGGAAAAGUCAAAACGACGUUAAUCGAAAACCUCAAGGCCAAAUUGUGUUGGACGAAGUGUGCAGGAUAAACAGGGCGGAAGGUGCUGCCACGUUUGAGAUAGCAACAGGGAAGAAGACGUAUUACUUAACUGCAGAUUGUAUCGCAACAAUGGAAGACUGGAUAAGGGUUUUGCAAAACGUACAAAGGCGAAACGCGACGAAACUUUUGCUCAGUAAGGAAGAUAACAAACCUACGAUACAGGGGUGGUUGACGAAGGUGAAAAACGGGCACGCUAAGAAGUGCUGGUGCGUCCUCAUUGGAAAAAUGUUCCUUUACUUUAAGUGCCCUAAUGAUACGAAUCCUAUUGGACAGAUAAAUAUGAGAGACGCUAGAGUAGAAGAGGUCGAGCACGUGUCCGACAGCGACAGCGAAGAGAGAGACGCUGAAUGUCCUCACGAAAGAACAAUCGGUAUUUUUCCUACCCAUCAAGGUCCUACAUACUUGCUAAUGCCUCACAAGCAAGAUAAAGACAAUUGGUUGUACCACUUAACGGUGGUAUCCGGAGGCGGACCUAGUGCCGGAACUCAGUACGAACAGCUAGUGCAAAGAUUGAUGGAAACCGACGGAGAUCCUAGUUGUGUCCUGUGGAGACAUCCGCUGUUGCUCCACACGAAAGAAAACAUCACUAGCCCACUGACCAGCUUGACAUCCGAAGCCUUGCAAACCGAGGCUAUCAAGCUUUUCAAGGCUUGUCAGUUGUUCAUGUCGGUGGCAGUGGAGCAAGCAGGCAUAGACUACCAUGUGGUAUUAGCGCAAAACGCGUUACAACAAUGCAUAGACCAGCCUGAAUUACAGUCUGAAUUCGUAUGUGCAUUGGUAAAGCAGACAAGUCGUCACACUCAACACCGUUUGGGCGUACAGGUAAAAAAGGCCGCCAGACUUGUGUCGCUGGGUACUGCGCGCGUUCAGCUCCUUCUCUGCGCCACGCAAUCGCUGUUCACCUGCGAUACGCAAAGUCCCGCGGCAAAUGGCAGCGGUGAAAAUGCGGACGCACAAUCGACGGCCUCCACUUCUCACAGUCCUCCGCUCAUGCAGGGCCACUCGACGUCUACGAUAUUGGACUGCAAAACUAAUCCCGCCCAGUACGUUCUUAUCCAGGGAUGGCAGCUGCUCGCCCUUGCUGUUUCUCUAUUCCUACCAAGAAAUAAUCGGCUACUCUGGUACCUGAAGUUACACUUGCAAAGGAACGCCGACACCAAAACGGAAUGCGGCAAGUACGCAGCCUAUUGCGAGAGAGCGUUGGAAAGGACAUUGCAAAACGGCGGAAGGGAAGUGAAACCCUCGAGAAUGGAGGUCCUAUCGAUAUUAAUGAAAAAUCCCUAUCAUCAUUCCCUGCCGCACGCUAUACCGGUUCACUUCUUGAAUGGCACGUAUCAGGUUGUAAGCUUCGACGGCAGCACAACGAUAGAGGAGUUUCUAAAUACUCUGAACCAGGAGAUUGGUUGCCGAGACGUUCAUCAAUCAGGUUUCACGUUAUUCAGCGAUGAUCCCAUCGAGAAGGAUCUUGAACACUUCAUCGAUCUUCAAGCAAAACUUUGCGAUAUAAUUUCCAAAUGGGAAACCGCAUUGAGAGAAAAAGGUUUAGGAAAAUUCGAGAAUACCAGGGUAAUACAGUUAACGUACAAAUCGCGAUGUUACUGGAGACAAGCAACUAAGAUGGAAACCGACAGGGAAAGGCUUCUUCUGUGUUAUCAAGUUAAUCAACAAGUCGUACAAGGCAAAUUUCCAGUAAAUCGAGAACUUGCAUUUGAGCUUGCGUCGUUAAUGGCACAGAUUGAUUUUGGAGAAUAUAACAACGACAAAGCCCGAGGAAGCGGCCCAGGAAGCAAUCCUCAUCAUCUGGUGCUGCAAGCUUUGGACAAAUUUUAUCCCAUACGAUAUCGGACAAACAUCACUUCCGAACAAUUGAGAGAACUGCAAGAAAAACUGCAAGAAAAAUGGAUCGCGUUAAAAGGUCGUAGUGUAUUAGACUGUGUUCGCAUAUAUCUAACUUGUACUAGAAAAUGGCCUUUCUUCGGAGCUACACUAUAUCAAGCAAAGUUGAAGCAAGCUGAACCGAUAACCGUAUGGAUAGCCGUUUCCGAGGAUAGUGUUACUCUACUGGAACUACAAACGAUGGCAGUAAUGUGUCGUUAUAAUUAUGCAAACAUAGUUACAUUUGGAGGAUGUUUGGACGAUUUUAUGCUGGUCGCUUGUCCUGAUGAAGGUGCAGCUGAACAAAAACUUCUGUUUGCUCUUUCGAAACCUAAGAUUCUGGAAAUAACAUUGUUGAUUGCCGAUUAUAUGAACGCUUUGGGACAUACUUUGCCUGGCACCCCACAAAUGAAUACGUUAACCCGUAAUGGAUCUCACCGAUCCAUAAAAUCGACCUUAAGACCCACGACUGGUUCGGGCUGUCUUCCAACGCAACCAGACAUUUUAAAGUCGACGCCAGACCACCAAAGACCUUAAAAAAAAGACUGGUAAAUCGAUUUCGGAAAAAGAAGCAGGGGAAUACGGCAUUUGGUUCAUGAAAGUCUGAUCCUGCCAAGGCACUAACUUUAUACUACAGGUUGUAUUAUAAGAAUCUGCGUAAAAUGAUACACUGGACGACGCUCAGCAACGUGUACGCUGUAGUUGAUUUUAGUUGCGUUUUGUGUAAAUUAGAGAUGAUGCUUGACAGACAACGUUUUUGUGUAAAUACCUGACGGCAUGCAAAACUCUGUAGUCCACGCGAUUUGAACGUGGGUGACUGAAAUUAAUUGAAAACGAUCUGCAACACUGCCUAAAAUAAAUUAGUAUGUCUGAAAUUACAUCGAAUAGUUUCAUUAAAAAAAAAAAAAAAAAAAAAAAAAAAAAAAAAAGAAAAAGAAAAAAAAAAGCUAAAGCAUCGUGCUGAAACUUUUUGCUACCGUAUUUAUAUACCAAAUUCAAAACGUUUAGCAUAAGAUAAAGAAACAGAAGUGGUGUAUCACGUGUGUAUAUAAUUAAUCGGAGUUACUGGAUGUUUAGAAGUCUAGUGAAUGAUGCAGCGAUACCUUUGUCUUUAAUGUGAGAGUACGUCGACAAAAUUCUUAUUUCUUGCCAAAUCGAUCGCAAUACGUUAAAUGUACGAUGAACUGCAAUUGAUUUGCAGUUACGAACAGAAACAAACACAUGGAUAUAAGUAUUCAAAUUUUUGAAAUAUAAAGAUAUUUCAAAUGUAAUAUAACUGUAUUUAUUGUCACUGUAAAUUUGGAAUUCAAUUUUAAUGAUUGCAUUAUUCGUAUAACAGUCUGUUUUAACUCUAAGCUAUUGUACAUGAUUUUUUAUUACAUUCAUUAGUUACUUUUUUUAUAAUGAAUUUGAGAAAUGCAAUUGAUUAGUGACAAUAAAUACAGAUACUAUUAAAUUUAAGUCUGGUUGAAUUGAAUGAAGCUCAAUCAUAAGAGAAAAAAUUCUUUGUACGGAAAGUGACAAACGCAAUUUACACAUUAUCAUGUUAUUUUGAUAACAGCUAGUCUCAUAUUUUAUAUUUAUUUAAUGUUUAAGCAAAUAGGUUCAUUUUAUAAGGACACGACCAAAUAGAUGUAAUGGGAACGCGUUUUCUUUAAUAAUUAGUAUCGUUCCUGCGGUAACAUAUGUGCAACAUUUUUGUACUAAUUGAAAGAUGAUCCCAUCACGUAUAGAAGUUUUGUACUCGCUUGACGUGUCCUACAUAACUAGCAAAUGUCUUCCUUCUCUUUAGUAUCCAGAAAUAAAUAAAAGUUGAAAGUAGGGCUUUCGUGCAAUAUGUACAAGACUUCUAUAAUUUGAUAAUUCCUGAGAUAGGCUGAGUGUGACUGUGCCUCUCUGAGCAGUAUAGACAAAGUAACUCUAUGCACGGCUUUGUUUAGCGCAUUGAAGAUUUAUAUAAAAUAAAAAAAAAAAAAAACGAUAGAACCUCAGAUUACUGGGAGCAGUACAAAGAUAUGCAAGAACGACAUUUUGUCUUUAAUUUUUAUAAUAUGCAAUGAAAUGCUACUAUUUAGGUGCUUAGCACCUUUGUAUCAUGAUGCAGUAAAAAAAAAGUCACUGAUCUGUAAAUAUCACCUUAGACUUAAGUUUCUAAAUAUAAUAGAAUGAGAAGAAGGCAGCUGAUAAAGGCUAUAAAGUUGUGGUAGAAAUUUUCUUGCGAUCAUCUGGCUGUCUACGGAAUAUUCUACUGAGCCUACCACCUUACAUUUCUAUUUAUUAUUUAUUCGCAUAAAAACGACGCAUAAAGGCACGAGCGGUGUAAGCAUUGUACUAUUGUACAGGGGAAAAAAUAAACUGCUCGGAUCUAUAUUUUAA